UGACGUAUACGUGUUUUUCUUCCCAAUCUUCCUAUCCACAUCGCAAAAGUACAUCUUCAACAGCCGGAUUGUACAUACUGUCACGCAACCUACACAGUGCAGCAAUGUCGACCACCCACUCCCAAUCCACAUCGACCGCGCCAACGCAUUCAUCCGCCCCGACCUCCACCUCUUCCUCGUCAUCAGGGCUCUCCAAAGGCGCACUAGCCGGCAUCGUUCUAGGCGGCCUUGUGGCACUCGCGCUCGUCCUCGUCGUAGCACUCUUCUUCCUCAAGCGCGCGCGACAGCGAAAAGAAAGCCUCGAGGAUGCGUCAAAAGAGACAUCCGGAAACACUGGCAGCGCACCACAAGGAAACUACAAUUAUGAUGCUCUGAGGCCCGGAAACAACGACCAUUACUAUCAAAUGGGUUCGUCACCCAAUAACGGUGGUUUUCCGAGCCCGGCCGUGACCCCUCGCGGUGCGCCGAUCGAGUUGCGAGGGCAGCAGGAGCAGAGGGUUGGUGAACCACCCGCUGGGCUUCCGAGUCCGUAUGGUAGAUGAUGGAAAGAAAAUAUAACGGAAUCUCUGCUGUUCAUAAAAGGGAUGCAAUGGCUUCCUGAGCUUGGCGCAUUUUCGGAAGACAAAGUCUGGCGUUUGGCAUUUGAUUGGAUAUUUUUUGGCAGUUCCAGAUACCCGAUAUUUCGAUUUGGCAUUCAAUUGAAGCGACUUCUUAUAUCAUCUUUCAAAUCCUUCCGGAUCUUGUUUUACUGCGUGGAUGUCUUCCGUUGCACUACUUGAAAUUGUGUAUGUGUAGUGCUGCUUC